UCCAUGAUGAAAUUGUAUUACUGGAAAGGUCAGGACUUAAGUCGUGUCCUUUCUUCUUGAAGCUGAUUGGCUUUUGUUUUGAAAAGAAGCUGGCUAUAGUUUAUGAUCUGAAAUUCAAGAAAUCCUUGCGGCUUUCAUUUGGUUGUGCUGAAUUUGGGUGGAAGGAACGAAUGAGGGUGGCAACUAAUUAUGCACUGCUCCUGAAAACAUUAACCAUGGAAAAGCUGGACCUCGUUUGGUCUUCUGGUGAUAUUAUGAUUGAUGAGGAAUAUAACAUUAAACUGAUAAACUAUGUGAUCAAUCAUAGUAAAGGUGAAACUUGCGAUGAUGCCUCCGUCUCAG